AUGAACUUUAUGAGCGCACUCUCUUCCCAUGGCUUCAGGUACAGUUGGCUGUCAGCCUUGUCCUUGUCAGAACUGACACAAUUCCUCCUCGGGAUCCAUUUCCGCACGUCCCAACUCUUCAACCACACCUUCAAUCGUCUCCGCCAACUCGUCCGCAGUGCCACUGAGAAGCUCUGGAAGUUGCUCCAAAGCCAGGAAGAAGGCGUGGACAGGUCUAUGAUUGUUCCGCGCUAA